AUGCACGUUCACGACGUCCUCAUCAUUGGUGCCGGUCCUGCUGGACUUGCCGCUGCAGCUCGGCUUAGGGAGCAGACGCCCUCUGCAACCUUCACAGAUGACGAACACCAACGGUAUCACUGGAUUCGGAAACACGGUCGCAAGAUGAACGUCAAGAACUAUAAGACCAACCAAGAUUCGCUUUCCACAUCUCGCUCCGCGUCAGACACUUCCGACUGUGGUUGCAACUGCCAUGCAGCAGCUAGCGACAGCUCAAUAGACAUGCUUGUCCUCGAUGCUGAUGGCUCGGAUUGGAUGAGCAAGUGGAAUCGGUUGUUCAAGACCUUCGGCAUCAACUACCUGCGUAGUCCAAUGUUCUUCCAGAUUGAUCCCGCCGACCGCGAUGCAUUGCUGGGAUACGCAUACGAGAAGGGGCUAGAGAAGGAAUUGCAAGCUCUUCCAGGUUGUGCAGGCAAAGAGAUCAGCAAGCACAGAAAGAAGAAGAAGCUGAACUCGAGGGGCAGGUUUCCGGGAUCCGGGCCGGACGUCGAUGAGCGAGAUCGGAAAGACUACUUUACGCCGAGCACGAACCUGUUCACGUCACACUGCGAAGAGGUCAUUCGACGGUACGGGCUGGGUCCGGAAAUGCUUCGACAAGAACGCGUGAUGGAUAUAAGCUACGACGAGGCAAGCGGCUUCGGUGACAUCGAGCAGGGCAGUGUCAUCUCGGACGACGCGUCGAGCGAGGAUAAGAAGAUUUUCCAGGUCAAGACAGAUCAAGGCGUUCGGUAUGCGAACAUUGUUAUAUUGGCUGUGGGGCCUGGCAAUGCUCCAUCGAUACCGACAGUCCCGGAUCUUCCAACGCCAUCGCCCCACGAAGGAUACACACAUGCAAUGCAAGUCAAACAAUUUCCACCGCCACACGUUGCUGCCAAGAUCAAGGCUCGUCGGUCGACGAACAUGCUUAUUGUUGGCGGCGGCCUCACAAGCGUACAGCUGGCCGACCUUGCCAUCAAACGCGGUGUGAGCAAGGUACAUAUGCUGAUGCGAGGGCCGUUAAAAGUAAAAUACUUCGACGUGGAUCUGGACUGGGUUGGGAAGUUCCGCAACUUCAAUCAAGCAGCGUUCUGGAGUGCAGAUACGGACGAAGAGCGGUUCGAAAUGAUUACGCAAGCCCGCAACGGCGGCAGCAUGACACCACGGUACCGCAAGAUCCUCGAUGCACAUGUAGCGAGCGGCAAGAUUGCUCUCCACACAUACACCACCCUCCAAUCUGUAAAGUGGGACGCAAACUCAAAGUCGUGGACCGACAUCAAAGUCUCGACCGACACGGCUAUCCCCGCGAUCGACUACGUGGUUUUCGCGACCGGCAUCCAAUCCGACAUUCGCACCAUCCCAUUUCUCCAGACACUCCAGCAACAACACCCCAUUGACUACGUCGGCGGCCUGCCCUGUCUCAACGACGAUCUGAUGUGGAAUGACGACGUGCCAUUGUUCGUGACCGGUCGUCUCGCGGGCUUGAGACUAGGUCCUGGGGCGCCGAAUCUGGUCGGUGCGAGGAUUGGUGCGGAGAGGAUUGCGUGGAAUGUCGAGGAUGAAUUGAAGAAGAUGGGCAAGUUAAAGAAGGGAAUGGACAGGAGGGACUCGGGAUAUGAGGGGAACAGCGCGAAUGAAGAGUAUGAGAGUUAUGCGAGCGCGAGGGAGAACCGGUUUGCGGGAUUGGCUGGUAUCGGGGAGUGA